AUGACAUCGACGCCAGCCUGCAGUCCUUAUUGGGUCGUCAAGCACAGCAUUGAAUUAUACCGAGACUUACGGAAUUCUCUCAACCUCUUUGGAGAGCUUCAUGAGGCCACAGGAUGGACUUUCAGUGUCCUGCUUGGUGGCCCUGACCCAUCAAAUGAAGGUGCGAUCGACAUAAGCAGCUUACAUGUAGGGUCAACAAAGCUCGGUAACCGCUUUAACCACGUCUUUUCAAAGUUCAACGAGAAUGUUAUGCUGCCCUACUAUGAGUUUGUUUCUCAUGUUUUCCCUGAAGCUGGGACUUCAAAUAAAACAGUUGCCCAGAGUCUUGAGUGUGAAGAUCUCCGCAUUUCUGCCGCUCCAGACGGUAUUCCCACAAACAACGAUUCUCCAACACCUACAACUGUAGCACCUGAUACAUUACAUGGUUCACACCCUGCAUCCUUACAGCCAGACUCAGUAUCUAACUUCCCUUCCACGCGCCUAGCGCAAGAAGAGGUAGUCCCUGCACCACCUGAAGAGGAUUACUUGGAUUUUUUUCGACACCUGCCCCCCGCUCCCCAAGACAAUGAGAUCGACCAACAGAUGAACAUGCUCCUCUCCAUGAUGGAGGGCUAUGUACCCUUCUGUCCACCACUGCUAGCACCACUCACUUUAGACCCUAUGUCUGCCUCCACCGCAUUUCUCAAUCUGGAUUCAAAUCUUGAGAGUUUUGAUGAGGCUCUCAAAUCCAUGCAGUCCCAGAAAACCAACACGUGA